AUGGCAACAGGGUUUUCUAAGCUCAUAUAUACUUUACUAGAACCUAUUCCUCAGUAUGUAGUUGGUUGUCUACCAGCUAUCACUAUUGUAGGAGUAUUUGCAGCCAUUAACAUAGAAGGUGAUGAAUUAUCACGAUGUAUAUUCUGGCUUCUACCUGAAUAUUUUGUAAUAAAAGGAACAUCAACUUCAUCAGAAUACAGACCUGUCAGAUUUUAUGUUAUGAAA